GAAAACGAUAAAGAACAUGAGCUUCCUUCAGGAAAUACAACAAAAACGUAAAAGUUUGCAAAGAUCAACAACAAUUGUAACCACAACCACUGGUGAACGUUAUGUUGAAAGCAAAAACUCAACGCUCCCACCAAUUAAACUUGAAAGUAAUAAAUAUGGUUUCAUUGUGGAUACGAAACCAGAUACGGAACCUGCUUGUAUAAUCGAAAAUCUGCUUUAUCUUGGUUCACAGGAUGCUGUUUCACUUGAAAAUAUUAAUAAGUUUAAAUUUACGCAUAUACUAAGUAUUGGCAUUGAAAUGCCCAUUAUAGAAAAUAUGAAUGACAAUUUACAUACAAAAUUUUUGCCUUGUUUGGAUUUGCCUGAAACGGAUCUCUUUGCUGGAUUAAUGCAAGACGCUUUUACGUACAUAAAAGAUGCGAAAGUAACUAAUGGUAUUGUGUUGGUACAUUGCAAUGCUGGUGUGUCACGUUCAGCGAGUGUGGUUAUAGCAUAUUUAAUAAAACAUUGCCAAAUGAAAUUUGACGAUGCCUACGCAUAUGUUAAAGGGAAACGUGCAUGUGUGCAACCAAAUAGUGGGUUUUUAAAACAAUUAAAAAAAUUUUGUGAAUAGUUUUAUAAUCUUUUUUAAUAGUGGGCUAUAUUAGCCU